AUGUCCGAUCCGCUUUCUGUGGCGGGGAGCGCGGUCGGCAUCAUUUCGCUCGGCAUACAGGUCUGCCAAGGCCUGAUUUCUUACCUUCAAUCUUUCAAAAGUCAAGAUCAAGAUAUUCAAGACAGCCUCAAGGACGUUCAAACUGUCGUCUCAAUUCUAUACUCCCUGAAGGGCAUCUUACCCAAGGUUGACGAAAGUUCUUCUGGAACACCAGCUAUUCGUCGAUGCUUGGCCGAAAGUGAAGAAAAGCUUCGUGAAUUCCAGCAAUUCUCACUCAAGCUCCGUGGUACACAAAGUCAAGAGCACAAUGUGCUGGAAAAGAUGGGUCAUGCCAGUCGCGCGUUAUUGUAUCCGUUUCGCGAAGGGAAACUGAAGUCACUUUCCCAGUCAUUGAAGGGAUUGCUCCAAAACCUGAGUCUCUGUUUGGAUAUUACGACACUGGACAUCGCAGUCGGAAUCCAUACUAACGUGGAUGACCUUGGAAGUGCCUUCAAACAUCACGGUGCAAAUGUGGCCAAGCUAUCUGACCAACUUCAAGUUCUUGAUAACAGCAUGGCAGUUUACUAUCAGGACUUGAAGAAUGAAGUAUCUCAAGCACAGCUACUAGCGCAAGAAUUUCGACAAGAGAUUGGUGGACAGCUAAGGCUGAUCAGCACUGACGUAGGCUCUCUUAUGUCCAGCAAUCGACGCCACCAAGAGGAUAUAAACCAAUGUCUUAUGAAAGCUUUCGAUGAGCUAAAAGACCAGAACAACUUUCAGAAUGAAUUGAUACGAACAGCGCUGGUCAGCCAUAUCGCAGAUGUCUUUUAUGACAACGCUAACAGAAUUCUGCUGAAGGGUAUGGAUAGAAUGUCUAUUCAGAACGCCGGGUUGGGACAGACUACCGCUCUUGAAAGAAUGAGAGAUUCAAAGCAGUUCGCAAGUAAUCCACCUGGCUGUACCUGCGAGCGGCAGCAUGAGCUUUCAAAACUUUCCUAUCGGUUCGGAUAUGCUACGUUCGAAGAUAGGGAGUCCUCCCCGUACGAUCAAGAUGAGGAUGGAAAUAGUCACGCUCUGCUAGCCUUGGAGACAACACUCGACGCAAUCAGCACCCUUUUAGAAAAAAGGAUCACUCAAUGGACUCUUGAAUCACUCUUAGUAUCGGCGAAGAGACUGAUCGAAACACUCGUUAAUACUGCUGGCGAUGAAAACGGAAAAAUUAAGCACAUAUUCGAACUUAACCCAAUUAUGCAGGCAAUGUUUCAACAAUCUAUCAGCAUGCUUGAAAUAGCUCUCUCCAAGUUCCCAGAGGCGGUAAGAGAGAGAACAUACGGCAUGACAAUUGUUGAAGUUUGUGUAUAUUGGCCGGAGGGUCUAAGAAAGCUUCUACGCACCAAAGCUGUUGAAGUUCUCGAUGAAAGAGCUCUUCACUUUGCUGUUGGGACGGAUUGUAUCGAAUCCGUGGAUCUGCUAUUGAAAGCCGGAUGCCCAGUUAACUAUGGAAACACAACAGAAAUGAUCUUUCAAGGAGCUUCUGAGCGAUGCAUGGAUCUCAUUGCUUCGAGCCUAGCUAGAAGAAGAUCAGAUUUGCUUUCUCUAGUCCUACAGCAGCAGGCUAUUUGCCAAGAUCUGGUGCUUACCUCUCAAAUCCCAGACGAUCAAGCAAGCUACCUUUGUUCAUGCCUUGACAACUCAGGCAUCAGAAUUCCCUUGGCACUCAGAGUUCCAUCUUCGUAUUCAACGAUCUACCAUUUCCGCGGUACUUCAGUUUACCAUUAUCCUAUUCUUUUCAAACAUGGUUUUACCCAUUUAUCGGCACACAAUAUCUUUGGACUCUUACCGGUUAUGACGCUCGAUUCUUUCUAUCAGCCUCGUUGGAUAUACUCGCAUUAUGAGAAGUGUUUAGAGGGUAUGGAUUGGCUAGAGAGCAAAGGAAUAAUGGACCAGUCACCAACAGACCCCUUGGAUCUCGGGCUUAAUAUCCAGGCUUCCGGUUGGCAUUAUCUGUCGACAUAUUGCGUCGGCUGCGAAUCGUCUCCCAAACUAAGAGACUUUUAUCAUGAAAAGACAAAGGACAUUCUUGGGGUUCCGGUACUUGACAACUGCCGAUGCUGGUGUAUCCCCUCGGACAUGGGAUGCACGCCACUGACGACAGCUUUGAAGUCAUGCGUCAAGAGAUUCAAUGGAUCAGUACAGAUUGUCCUAUGCAAUUUCUUUCAUACAGCCAUUCGAGACACCAGGUCAAGUGGCUCACGCAUAGCAGGCUGGUGCAUUGAAGUUAUUCGAUUUUUGACUUUCGAGGCUCUAGAAAUGACCCACACUUGUUGUGACUUUAAUAUUCUCUAUAAGCCAGAUAUAUUAUCCGAGAAGUUUGAUGUGCUCAUGAAUUGCGACCAAGAAAGGUGGCAGAAGAUCAGAAGCGAUAAGCGAGAACAAGAGAACGCCGCCCUCUUAGAAACUUUGAUGGAAGAGUUCAUAGCAUACAUGAUCGGCAUGGAAUCAUCUCCGAGGUCUCUUGAGACAUUCGUCAGUGGUUAUUGGCGGCAGCGCAUCUCGGAAAUCUAUGCUGUUGACGCCGACGAGAUCGAAGACAUAAACAGUGUCUUGGUCGGCACCAAGACCUAUGUUCUACCAGACAGAGUCAGAGCUUUGCUUGGAUGGGACUUCAAACUCAUUGAACUGCAAGAUCUGAAGUCAAAGCCGACGCCAGUUGGCGAAACAGCUUACGACGAGCAGUGGCAAGGCUCCAAGCAAUCCCGCUGUGUAUGGAAUGAGUACAGGCCAACUCACCCUGAUUAA